UCGAGUUUCGAAAUCGUUCCAGUUCGCUAUGGCUGGCCUGAUCAAGAAGACCACGGGCUUAGUCGGCCUGGCUGUGGCCCAGAACCCUCAUGAUCGUCUUAGGAUUCUGUACAGCAAAAUUCUGGCCUGUCUUCAAACCAUGCCUCAGGAUGCUGCAUACAGGAAAUACACUGAGCAGCUUGUCAACGACCGAUUCAGUCACGUCAAAUCAGAACCCGAUGUAGGAAAAUUGGAACAGAAGAUUAACUGUGGCCAGAUUGAGGAGGUUAUUGCACAGGCGGAGUAUGAGCUGGCUUUGUCUAGGAAGAUGGCUGAGUGGAAACCAUGGGAACCGCUGGUAGAGGAGCCACCUGCCAACCAAUGGAAAUGGCCAAUAUAGAAAAAGUUGAUGUGGGAAUCAUAUGACAACAUUUUCCUUUUCCUGUAAUGAACAAUUUGUUUUGAUUACUUUAUAUUUAUGUUCAUAAAUAGCAAUUAUCAGUAAACCCUGUACA